AUGAUCGACGUUGUCCCUGGAGUCGCGCAUGCGCUCUCCCUCCCAGGCCCUCACACCUUCUUUCUGCCCACGGACAAGGCGUGCACUGCCCACCUGAGCCCGGAAACUCUGCAGGCGCUGCGCGAGAGAAUCGCGUUCUUGGAAGAACAGCAACACCAGCGCGUAGAAGGCACGCGCGCCCAGAUUGAAGCGGCCGGUGUCGCGUCGCUGCGAGGAGGCAGUGCAGCCGCGAUUGCUGCCCGAGUCGCCAAGACCACAGAACAGCUUCGCACCUUUGUCCUCGGCCACGUUGUGCCGGGGGAGUGGAGAAUGAAGACUCUCUUGCUGGCGUGCGGAGCUGGCGAUCCACGGACGAACGGCAACCUGCGAUACCAGGACACCGAGCGUCAGCUGUUUGCUCCCGUCAUGUAUGCGUCCCGCCUCAAUUCCUCUGGUUCUGGAGAGGGGAAAAAAGUGGGCAGAGGCCAAGGAGGCAAGGACAGCGUGAAUGGCGAAGCAGGCGAGUCCGAGAGAGCACAGGACAACGACGAAGAGCGUUGCUCGGUCUUCUCGCUCCCUCCGCCUCUUUCCACAGAAGAUCCCCUUCCGGUUUGGAUACAGACGUCACGCUAUGCAGCGUUCCUUCCUAUCACGACGAGCACAAACUUCCCUAGCGCGUUAAGGCCGAAAGCUAGCACAGAAAGCCCGUCGAGCGAGGAAACAGCGAGCGAGGACAGUGUAGCGUACCGCCAGAAAAGCUCUUCAUCGGUUGGCGGUGCCGUCCAUCUGUGGGUAGGAGGGGCUCUGGUCAUAAAGGCAGACCUCAGAGCUCACAAUGGAGUUGUUCAUAUGAUCGACAGGCCGCUCGUUCCCGCGCAGCUCUUAGCGUCACCAAAGUAG